CCCCCCCCCCCCCCCGGGUUCGCCCGCGCUCGCCUCGUGCAGCCGCCGCAGCGCCUCCCUCCCUCCCUCCCUCCCUCCCCCGCCCCCCAAGCCAGAGGCUCGCGCGAGCUCCGGGGGCUCGCGGGGCCGGGGCUCGCCAUGCGGCGGUACUGAGCCGGGCUGGGGGGCGCGGGGGCCCCGCGGGGCCGGGCCGGGCCGGGCCGGCGGCAGCACCAGCCGCAGCGGCGCUCGGCGUCCAUGGAGGCGGGGGCCGGGGCCGGGGCCGGGGACAGGGACAGUCCGAGCCGGGCCGUGGGCUACUUGCUGGAGCUGAACCGCAUCAUUGAGACGCAGCAGCGGCUGCUGGAUUCGCAGCGGCGCCGCAUCGAGGAGCUGGAAGCGGCGCUAGAGCGCCUGGGCCGGGAGAAUCGCGAGCUGCGGGGCCGUGAUGGCCGGGAUCGGGGCCCUCCUGGCCGGGAGAGGGGCCGAGGGGACCCCUAUGAGGGGCAGGAGGGGCGGGAGAGCCAGUUCCAGCCUCUGGAGAACCCGUUUCCAGCUCGAGAAUCCCAGUAUCCAACUCAGGAGAACCAGUUUCCAGCUCGAGAUUCCCAGUUCCAGGCUCUGGAGACCCAGUACCAGCUUCACGAGACCCAGUUUCCAGCCCGUGAUUCCCAGUAUCCGGCUCAUGAGAACCAGUUCACCACCUGCGAUUCCCAGUAUCCAGCGCAUGAGAACCAAUUCCAGCCUCUGGAGAACCAGUUUCCAUCUCGGGAUUCGCAAUAUCCAGCUCAUGAGAACCAGUUUGCCGCCUGCGAUACCCAGUAUCCAAGCCCAGAAAACCAGUAUCAGGCACUGGACAGCCAGUUUCCAGCCCGUGAUUCCCAGUACCGGGCUCAUGAGAACCAGUUCCCUGCCCGGGAAAACCAGUUCCAGGCUCUGGAAAACCAGUUUCCGGCCCGCGAUUCCCAGCAUCCUGGCCGGGAUUCACAGUAUCCGAGCCCUGAGAACCAAUAUCCGAGCCGGGAUUCACAGUACCAGGCACUGGAGAACCAGUUCCCGGCCCGGGAUUCACAGUAUCCUGGCCGGGAGAGCCAGUUUCAGACCCGUGACUCCCAGUUCCCUGCCCGAGACAACCAGUACUCCACCCCGGAGAGCCAGUAUCCGAGCCGCGACUCCCAGUACCAGGCCCAGGAGAACCAAUAUCCUGGCCGGGAUUCUCAGUACCAGCCCAGAGACAACCAGUACCAGACCCGGGAAAACCAGUUCCCCGCCCAGGACAACCAGUAUCACAGCCGGGAUUCCCAGUACCAGCCUAGAGAGAACCAGUUUGCUGCUCGGGAUUCUCAGUUCCCAGCCCAGGACAACCAGUAUCCUGGCCGGGAUUCCCAGUAUCCAGGUCGGGACGGGCCCUAUCCGGGUCGUACGGACCAGAGCGCCCAGUAUGGGGCCCGGGAUUCCCAGUAUGGGGCCCGGGAUGCCCAGUUCCAGCCUCCACUGGAGCGGGAUGGAGCCUUCCCACCCCCAGACGGGCACUAUGGAGGCCAGAUGGACCGGGACACCCCCUACGGGGGCCGUGAGGGGCUGUAUGCCAAGCGUCGGGGCCGUGAUCGAGGCCAGCUGAGCCGGGGUGCAUCACGGAGCUCCAGCCCCGGGGCCAGUGGGGGGCCACUCCCCACUGUUGACAGCCCCAGCCCUGGUGCCACCCUUCAGAGGAAGUCCGACUGCGAGAGCUCCCGCACCGUCAGUGUGGAGGGGGAGCCGACAAGCAGCGAGGGAGGUGCCAUGGGGGAGGGGGCCGGGGGGCCGGGGCCUUACCACUGCAGGCCCGAAGGAGGCAAGGGAGGGGACUUGGGGCCCUCACCUGGCCCCGCCCCUGGCCCUGGCCCCGCCCCCGGCCCUGGCCUUCCCUGGGCCCAGCGCGCCCGGCUGCAGCCUGCCAGCUUGGCCCUGCGCAAGCAGCAGGAGGAGGACAGCAAACGCCCCAAGGCCCUGUCUGACAGCUAUGAGCUCUCCACCGACCUGCAGGACAAGAAGGUGGAGAUGCUGGAGCGCAAGUAUGGUGGGUACUUCCGGAGCCGGCGGGCGGCUCGCACCAUCCAGACUGCCUUCCGCCAGUACCUGAUGACCAAGAACUUCCAGCGGCUGCGGGCUGAGAGCCGGGGCCGACGCCUGGCACUGUCCAACCUGCGCUUGCAGUUUUCCUUUGAGGAGUAUGACCGUGGCCCACCUGCUGGCCCCCCACCGGCCCCCUACUUCCAGGGCAAGCCAGCCUCCCUGGACGAAGGCACCAUGGCUGGUGCCCGGCCCUUGCCCCUUGACCGGGGUCCACUGCCCUACGGCGGGGGGCCUGGGCCAGGGGGGGGCUUGCGGGGCGCCGCCUCGGCUGGAGACUUCUGCAGGGAUGGCACUGAGAUGGACGAGGCCUUUGCCAAGCAGGUGAAGGCUCUGGCUGAAUCCAUCGAUGAGGCGCUGAACUGCCAUCCUGAACCUGGGGGCGGGGUUGGUGGUGGGGCCGGUGGCUCCCCCUGCCUGGAGAAGAGCGAGUCACGAGAGCAACAGGGCGACAGCGCAGCUACCUCCUUCUCUGAUGUCACCCUCUACCUGGACGAGGGGCUGCCAGGCUCCUCCCUCAGCCUUGAGCGGCCCCCCAGUGCCAGCGAGGCCCCUCCUCCAGCUGCUGCUGAAGCCCCGCCUUCAGGCUCCCAAGCCCCUCUCCCUCCUCAAUACUGGGAGGGUGGGGCUGGCCCACGCCGUGGCCCUGGUCCCCCCUGCCUGGACUGCCGUGACUUCCGACUACGGGGAGCCCACCUGCCCUUGCUCACCAUAGAGCCCCCCAGUGACGGUUCUGUGGACCUCAGCGACCGCUCUGAUCGUGGCUCCCUGCACCGCAGCCUGCUCUACGACCCUGAGGGAGCGGGGCCAGGCCAGGCUCCAACCCCUGGCCCUGGAGGAGGAGGAGGAGGAGUGGCUCUUGCUGGCCGCCACCCCCAUCACCGCCAGCCGGGAGCUGCUGCUGCCCCAGCCCUGCAGCCACCCCCACCACCUUCAGUGCCCAUGCCAGUGGCACCGCCCCCACCACCCGGGCGCUUGGGUCCCGAGCCCUCAGAUGGGGACAAUGACAGCCUGCCCAGCUCCAGCAACUCCAACGAGACCCUCAAUUGCUCCACAGGCUCCUCCUCCCGUGACAUGCCCCUCCCACCCCCACCCCCCCAGCCUCCCCAGCCUCCGCCAGGUCCUGGGGGAGGGGGAGGGGUGGGGCCUGGCAGUGGAGGGGGUGGGGUUUGCAAACAGACCUACCAGCGGGAGACACGGCACAGCUGGGACUCGCCUGCUUUUAGCAACGACGUGGUCCAGCGCCGGCAGUACCGCAUCGGCCUCAACCUCUUCAACAAGAAGCCAGAGAAGGGGAUCCAGUACCUGAUUGAACGUGGAUUCCUAUCGGACACACCCGUGGGUGUCGCCCAUUUCAUCCUGGAGCGCAAGGGUCUGAGCCGCCAGAUGAUUGGCGAGUUCCUUGGCAACCGCCAGAAGCAGUUCAACCGUGAUGUCCUCGACUGUGUGGUGGAUGAGAUGGACUUCUCCAACAUGGAGCUGGAUGAGGCCCUUCGCAAGUUCCAGUCCCACAUCCGCGUCCAGGGGGAGGCCCAGAAAGUUGAGCGACUCAUUGAAGCCUUCAGCCAGCGCUACUGUGUCUGCAAUGCUCCGCUGGUGCGCCAGUUCCAGAACCCGGACACCAUCUUCAUCUUGGCUUUCGCUGUGAUCCUGCUUAACACAGACAUGUACAGCCCCAGCGUGAAGGCUGAGCGCAAGAUGAAGCUGGAGGACUUCAUCAAGAACCUCCGAGGGGUGGACAAUGGAGAGGACAUUCCACGGGAGUUACUGGUCGGCAUCUACCAGCGCAUCCAGAGUCGUGAGCUCCGGGCCAGUGAUGACCAUGUCUCCCAGGUCCAAGCUGUGGAGCGCAUGAUCGUGGGCAAGAAGCCGGUGCUGUCGCUACCCCACCGGCGCCUGGUUUGCUGCUGCCAACUCUAUGAGGUGCCUGACCCCAACCGACCACAGCGCAUGGGAUUGCACCAGCGUGAAGUCUUCCUCUUCAAUGACCUGCUUGUGGUGACAAAGAUCUUCCAGAAGAAGAAGAUCCUGGUGACCUACAGCUUCCGUCAGAGCUUCCCCUUAGUUGACAUGCACAUGCAGCUCUUCCAGAAUUCAUAUUAUCAGUUCGGGAUUAAGCUACUGUCGGCAGCACCUGGUGGGGACCGGAAGGUUCUGAUCAUCUUCAACGCACCGAGCUUGCAGGACCGGCUACGCUUCACCAGCGACCUGCGUGAGUCGGUGGCUGAGGUGCAGGAGAUGGAGAAAUACCGCGUGGAGUCGGAGCUGGAGAAGCAGAAGGGGGUGCUGCGGGGGCCCCCAGGUGGGGGUUCUGGGGGGGAUGCAGUGAAUGGGUCACUGUCACGGGGCAGCCUGGAUGACUCUUAUGCGCUGGCUGAUGGUCUCAAGCGUAGUGCCCUCAGCAGCUCCUUGCGUGACCUCUCUGAAGCUGGCAAGCGGGGGCGUCGAAACAGCGUGGGAUCCUUGGACAGCACCAUCGAAGGAUCUAUUAUUAGCAGCCCCCGGCCUCACCAGCGGGUACCCGCACCACCACCUCCAGAGGAGUACAAGGCACCUGGGCGCCCUGUCUCCAACUCUUCCUCCUUCCUGGGCUCUCUGUUUGGAAGCCGGCGGGGAAAGGCUCCCUUCCCAGCAGGCCCUGGGCAGGCCUCGGCUUCAUCCUCCUCAGCCUCAUCAGGUGCCCACCACCACCCCCACCACCACCACCACCACCACCAUGCCCCCCCCCCUCCACUGCACUUACCCCCACCCUCUGAUGGGCCCUCCAAGCUGCAGGCCCUCCAUGCCCAGUAUUGCCACGGUGGUGGCGGCGGGGGGCCUGCCCCACCACCCCCUCCCUACCCACAACAGCCCCCACCACCAGCCCAGCCAGCACCCCCACCCCCGCCAUUGCCUGCUGCUGGGGGCCCACUCCCACCCCGCUUUCACAUGCCACCUAACCCGCCACUCUCAGCACCUCCUCAGCAGCAGGUACCCCCGGCCUUCCCCCCACCCCACCCUCACUAUACCCUGCAGCGCCCUGGCACUCAGAAGCGGGGCCAUGGCGGGGGUCCAGCCCAUGGGCGCCAGCCCACCUCCCCUUUACCUCUCUACAGCCCAGCCCCACUGGCCCACACCUACCCCCAGCACGCGACAGCCCCCGGAGGGGGUGGAGGGCAGCACACACUGCACCGUCAGGGGCCCCGGCACUUUGUGUUUGGUCACCAUGUGGCCCCCCCACCCCCCCCACAGCGUGGGGCCCCACCCCCACCUUCACAUCACCACCACCAUGGCCCUGCCACCCCACACUCACCCAUCCCCCCCCACCCUUCCUACCCGCCCCUGCCCCCGCCCUCUCCCCACACCCCACUCAGCCCCCACUCACCAGGGGCCCCCACCUCUCCCUUGCCCCAGCAUCACCCGGGGGCCCCCUCCAACCCAAAGCCCAAGGCUGUCAAUCGCAUCAGCACCGUGGUGUAAACCCGGCCAGGGGGUCGGAUGAGUUCGGGCAAAGGUGGGGGAGGGGGUGAAGCCAGCCCUUGAAGGGUUUUAUAUAAAAAAAAGCCAGGAGAGCCCUGCCCCCCUCUCUUCCUCCUUCCCUUCUCCGCCAAAAACAGGGACUGGAUGCAGAAAACAGGCACAGCUGGGGACAGCCACGGAGGCACGGAGCCUGCUGCCUCUGGCCACCAGGGGGCACUGUGGUGAACAUGGGGGGAGUUCUUGGAUGCCCCCAGUCUUGCACUGACCUCUCUUGCUGGUACCUGGCAGUAGCAGCCGAGAACGAUCUCUGCUUUGUUGCCCCCCUUCCCACCCCUCCCCCAGUCUACCCCCUGCCCCAUAAUCUACCCCUCUUCCUCCCCUGAAUCUACCCCAGGUAGCGUGGGGAGGUGGGGCAUCCUAAUUUGCACAUGGCUUGCGUGUGGUUGUUUACAUGGGAUUGGGGGGUGGCUGGGGUAUCAGGGGGCCUGGGAGGGGAGCUCCCUGCUUAUCCCUGUCUCUUACAAGGGCUACCGGACCCCUGCUGCCCCUCCCUCUCCACUUGCCCACCCACCCCACAGUUAUCUCCUCAGGGUCCCCCCAAAUGCUGCCCCUCUUCCCCCCCCCACCCAGGAGGGGCAUAAAUGCUUCCCCUCCCCCCAAAAAAUCUCUUGCCUCACCUCCCCCGGCAGCAUUAUAUUCAGCUGUUCCCUCCCCCACAGUGCCCCCACCACAGAGCUGGCUGCACUGCGGCCCAAGUUGAAUGUCACGUGCACUUUAUAUCCCCCCCACCCCCAAUAAAGUGGUGUCUCCCACACCUCAAAAAUGUCAGUCCCCCCCAUACCUCUGAGGUGGAAUGUCAGCCUCUUUUUCAGCAAAUCAGAUCAGGUGGGGAGCUGGGAGCCCAGACACCUGUGUUCUCUUUCCACUUUGGGAAGGGAGGGAGACUUGGUCAAUUAGAGCAGGGGUUGCUGGGGCCUGGACACCUGGGUUCUCUUCCUGCUCUGGGACAUGGGUCUGGUAGAUUACAGCCGAGAGCAGUGUGGGAAGAAAGGCUUUAAAACAUGCCCCAAACACAGAAACCAGGCAUCCUGGCUGCUCCCUUCCUGGUCUAACUUUUAUGCCCCCCCAUCUCCCCAGUAGUGGGGCCAGAACCCAGGCAUCCUGACCCCUCAGCCAUGCUCUCUUCCCCUUGCCUGUUUCUUUUUGCCCUCUCCCCACCCCUCCCGCAUGCGUCCCCACUCCGUGUUGGGUAUGUGGCUGUACAGGCCCCAUGUAUAUAAUAGACAUUAUAAAUAUCCCCCCCCCCACUGGAGCAGGGCUGUGGGGGGCCAUGUUCCCCCCCCAGCCCAGGGACCCCUUAGCUCUUGACUGCCCCCCCUGCCCAACUCCCCCACCCCUUUGUAUAUAAGAAACUGUAUAUUUGAUGCUUCAUAAAGGACUGAUUGUCUUUGGCGUGUGA